AUAAAUUCACUACUCACAAAGCUUUCUUUCGUUUUUCUUUCUUUUUACUGAUAUAUUAAUAUUAGGGUUGGAGUAAAGAAGAAAGAAAAUGAAGGAGAUCGCAGCAUAUUUGUUGGCCGUGUUGGGAGGCAACGCCAACCCUUCUGCUCAGGAUUUGAACCACAUUCUUGCUUCUGUUGGAACUGAAGUUGAUGAUGCCAAGAUUGAGUUGCUUUUGUCCCAAGUUAUGGGAAAGGAUUUGACUGAGCUUAUUGCUGUUGGAAGAGAGAAAUUCGCAACCAUUCCUUCCUCCAGAGCUGCCCUCACGGUAACCGCUACUGAAGUUGGUGGAGACGAGGCCGGUGCCGCGGAGGCCAACGAGGAGAAAGUCGAAGAAGAAGAAGAUGAUGACAUGUGUUUCAGUCUAUUUGAUUGAGGAAUUAAAAAAAGUAUUGACCUUUAUAAUUUGAGGACUCAAU